AUGUACAAAAUCGUGGUUUGCAUACUAAGUUUGAGUUUUAUCCUAUUCUCUGGAUCACUAAACACAGUAUUGGCUCGAGUACAAUAUAGAUCUCACAGUCCAAGGAAUGAAAUAGAAAAUGGGGUUUGGGAUCAAAAGGUCUUCAACGAGAUCAAGAUUGCCGCAGGAGGGAGUAAUUCAAACCAUGCUCCUGGAUGUGCACAUAGUUGUGUACCUAAACCAAGCAAAUGA